GGCCGCGGGAGCUAGAGACGUUGUGUGUUUCCACAAGGAGUCUGUCUGCACUUGCGGACUGAGUUCCUUUCUGUUCCGAGUUGAAGACUGAGUUCCGAAGACCCGCUUCUUGAGCGUCUGGAAGCAGCCGGGUUGUCACUUUAUUCGUCUCACUGGUGUAGAUCUAGGUUCGAGCCAUCCGAGCGUUCCCACUACAUAGCCCUGACUGGAAUGUUGUCCACUUUGAUCAUCAUUGCUGCUACACUUCCCUGAUCUCCUGGUGGAGCCUCUGAAGAGAAGAAUGACCACACCUAUGGCUGGGGUUCUGCGCUCGGUGUUUCAGAGGCCUCCAGGCAGACUACAGACUGUGAAGAAAGGUGCAGAAUCUCUCAUUGGUACAGAAUGGAUUCGUCACAAAUUUACCAGAUCAAGAAUUCCAGAUAAAGUGUUUCAGCCUAAACCUGAAGAUCAUGAAAAGUAUGGUGGGGACCCCCAGAACCCUCAUAAACUACAUAUUGUUACAAGAAUAAGAAGUACAAAGAGGCGUCCAUACUGGGAAAAAGAUACGAUCAAGAUGCUCGGACUACAGAAGGCUCACAGCCCUCAGAUUCACAAGAACAUCCCGUCCGUGAAUGCAAAGCUCAAAGUGGUUAAACACUUGAUCCGCAUCCAGCCCCUGAAGCUGCCACAGGGACUUCCCACAGAAGAGACCAUGUCCAGCACGUGCCUCAAGAGCACUGGGGAGUUGGUCGUGCAGUGGCAUCUGAAGCCUGUGGAGCAGGAAGCCAAGUCCUGAGGCCAUAUGGCUUCAGCUUGCAGAUGCACUUACUGAGCAAACUGUUCUCAUUAAAGUGUGUUGACCCAGUCA